AUGGAGAACCUGUGGGUCAGGUUUCAGGAGCAGAGACAGAACAAGGAGGCUGCGAAGCUGCUGGCGGCCACUAGAUGGCAGUCCAUCCUCCGGGAUGCAGUGGCCAUGCUGUCGAGAAAGGAUGCUGCCCAUGCUGUGCCAGGAGCUGGAAGUGCCAGAAUUGAAUGGGGUGCUCCAGGCUCUGAUGACCCCCGUGGUUUUCAGUGUCGGCUCUUCUCAACCACACCUCAAGCCCGAGGCGGCACAGCAGAAGCCACUGGAUUUGGGUUUUACUUUCAGGUUUCAAGUGAUGGAAGCCUGUGUUAUAAUCAAAUGUGA